UAUACAUUAAGUCUGCGUGUGAAGAUAGAAAACAAAGAAGAAGAAGAAAAUAUCGAAGAAAGAAAAGAAAAGAAACGUGAGAAAGAAGAGAGAAAAGAAGAAAAGAGUGAGGGAAAGAAAGGAGUAGAGGACUGUCCGAAUAAUCGCCACCACCCAACAAAACGCCUCGCCGGGAAAAAUUUCAACGACGCCGGAAAAAGGAGCUCGUCGGUAAAAGAAAGCAGGCUUGCUGUAACACAGUAGCAGGCCGCCAAGGAGAGAGACUGCUGCUGCGCCGGAGGAAGAAUAUCCCAGACGGCUGCUACCCAAUCGCCGGACUGAACGAACUCUACUCGCCGCCUCACCGGUACUCUCUAAAGAAGACGUACGACUCAAGGUGAUUUCGGUGAAGAUGGAAGUAGAAGCUUCGGUUAGGAAUUAUCGCAAUUCGAGACAAUGAAGUCAACGAGAACCAAAGUAGAAGACAAUAUCGCCGCACCGACGAAUGCGGAGCUGGCUCAAAAUAUGGUUCAACUCAUCCAGACUAUCGGAAGUGUGUUAGUUCAGAACCAACACCAACAACGUCUCAAAAACCGCAAUGAUGUAGCGAAACUUGUUGCAAAGCGUAAUCCCCCGUGUUAUAUAGGCCAAGAAGAUCCUCUCAUCCUUGAGGAUUGGAUUCGCACUUUCGACAAACUCUUCGAUGCUAUAAACUGCCCUGCAGAACAACGAAUUAAUACGGCUGCGUACUAUCUACGUCAAGAGGCGGACAAUUGGUGGGCCACGACUGCCCCAACGUUGCGUCAACAACCCGACUUUUCUUGGGAGACGUUCAAGGAGGCAAUGCGAAAAAGAUUCUACCCAGAGCACGUGAAAGCUGAGAAGUAUGAAGAAUUCUUACACCUGAAACAAUUGGGUAUGACUGUCCAAGAGUAUCACGCUAAAUUCUUGAAUCUCGCACGAUUUGCUCCCACGCUAGUUCCCGAUGAAAUCGAGAAAACAAAUAAGUUUAUACGCGGUCUAAACUUCGAGACACAAAAAGCUCUUUGCGUUUCAGAAUGCCAAACGUUGAACGAUGCCUACGACAAAGCUGGCAAGCACUAUCGAGUGCAACAACUCCAGAAGAAAACACUCAAGAGAGCGAGGAAAGUGACUGAAGGAGAAAGCAAACCGGGAGGCAAACAAUGCAAGCUAAAUCAGCUAGGGCACACUCGGAACGAGAAGAAGAUCAACAACCAAGGCCAAGACCAGAAGCGUAAGAAGAAGAACUCAACAGAAGAGAUGCACUUCUACUGCUCGAAGUGUAGAAAAGAUCACCCUGGGAAAUAUUGUGAUGGAACGCUCGUACGAUGUUUUCAUUGUGACAAGCUAGGACAUAGGGUGUUCGAGUGUUAUUCAAGGAAGAAGGGAUU